AUGAAGAAAAAGUUCAAACACGAACUAGAAGAUAAGGAUAAUGUUCAAGAGUAUGGACGUCCUAACUGCAAAAGAAAAUAUAGUGCACUGGAUGCUCUGAGAUUAUUUUCUAUGGAAGGCGAUUCUUUUCAUUGUGAAAAUUGCAAUGGUGAACUUGUUAUGGAAUGUAACAAGCUAACUUCCCAAGAAGUACUAGUAGAUGGAAGUGACAAUGCAAGGAGACGGCGGGAUCAUCUAAAAGAUUUGCUUCAGAUUAUGGAAGUUCGACUGAAACCUCUGAUGGAUCAUAUAAACAGAAUAAAAGACCUACCGCUUCCUAGCUUUGAAUCUUUUCCGGCAUGGGAGGCUCGUGCAGCUACGUAUGCUCGUGAAAAUGGUGAUCGUAAUUCUGAUGAUUUGAUCAAGAAAGGAAUGAAUCUGACCGAUGAACAACGAGGAGAAAUAAGACAUGGAGCAGAGGUUUAUGAUGGUGGCUUAGGAGAAGCUGCAGAACUUUCAGAUGACAAGAAAUCAUCCCUGGGAAAUGGUGUUGAUGAUAAGGAUUUGAAGAAUGAAUAUAUCAAAGGGUACUUGGCCGCUAAACUGGAGCAGCAUGAGCUAGCUGAAAAGCUGAAUCAGCAAGAAUCCGCAGGCCAAUCAACAACCACUGACAUUGAAUUGGCUACUACAUCCUCAGAUCUUCAGGUUGGUAUGAAGUGUAAACGUGAAGAGGAAGAUGAAGAAGAUGUUGCAUGGGGAGAAACGUUUAAUGUUUCAGCAAAUGGAAACUACAAGGUGGACAUGAAUGUGGAAGCCGAAAAAGCAGAAGAAAGAGAUUUCUAA